AUGGGGGACCAGGGAGGCGGUGGCGGUCGCAAGGAGAUCUACACCUAUGAGGCGCCGUGGCAGAUUUACGCGAUGGGAUGGUGCCAGCGGUCGGAUCCCGGGGACAGGUAUCGCCUCGCCGUAGGGAGCUUUACGGAGGAGUACAACAACAAGGUUCAGAUUGUGCAGCGUACCGAGACGUCGUUCGUGCGAACGGGGGAGCUGGAGCACCCGUACCCGCCGACCAAGAUCAUGUGGUCUCCAGACAAGUCGCUCAACAGCACAGACCUCCUCGCGACGACCGGGGACUACUUGCGAUUGUGGAGCGUGGAUGAGCAGGAACCAGGCGGGGUAAAGCUGCACUCCCUUCUCAAUAAUAACACGAACGCGGAGUACUGCUCGCCGUUAACGUCGUUCGACUGGUGUGACGCUGACCCGUCUACGGUGGGAACAUCGAGCAUUGACACUACGUGCACGAUCUGGGAUGUCGCGACCGGUACACCAAAGACGCAGCUAAUUGCUCACGACAAAGAGGUUUACGACAUCGCAUUCGCGAGGACGAAGGACAUUUUCGCAUCCGUAGGUGCCGACGGGAGCGUUCGAAUGUUCGACCUCCGAUCACUGGAGCACUCGACCAUCAUCUAUGAGACGCACGACCUGACGCCCCUCAUGCGACUCAGCUGGAAUAAGCAAGACCCCAACUAUCUCGCAACGAUUCUCACCGAUUCCGCCAAGACAGUUAUCCUGGACAUCAGCCAGCUGGACCCGAGGGCCCCCGUCCGCAAGGGCAAGUGGACGCCGGAAGAGGAGGUCUACACGACCAAGAUCAUCAACGACUUUAACAAGGGGCUGUUGCCUUUGGCGCCCGGGACGACACUGCGGUCGUACCUCAGCGAGAAGUUGAACUGCGACCCCAUGCGCAUCACCAAGAAGUUCGCGGGAGCGUCGUGCAUCGGGAAGAGGGUCUUCAUGCCGGUCGAGCGCACGCCUGAGAAUCUCAUCGAGACCCACCGCAGCCGGCGCGAGCUGGAGGAGAUGGCCCGCAAGUUCCACAUCCGCCUGGAGAGCAUGGAGGGGAGCGGCAGCGGCGCACGCUCCCCCACUUGGCCGCUUCCACGAGUUAUCCCCGAGGGGUCGGAGAUCUCUGACCAGGACGCCGGCGGCUUGCUGAUCGACUUCUUCAAGUCGGUGCACGACAAGGUCAAGACUGCUUCCGACGAGCUCGGCGAGCAGCAGCAACAGCAGCAGCAGCCUGCGAGCCCUGACGCGACUGGUAAGGGAGGGAUGCACCCGCUAAUGGCAAGUAAGCGCGGCUUUAGGUCGAUCUCGUCUCCGGCGCUGACCCAGUUCGCGCACUACGCAGAACAAUUGCCGAGGCUCCAGACGCCCCCCUUCAAGCGGAGGAAAAGCGUCGCCAGCUUUGUUUGA